GUGAUGAGCCUAUAAGACUUUUAUCUCGACAUUAAGGUUUGUGAUGCGAUGCUGUGGGGUGUAGUAGUGCUUCUCUUCUCAUGCACGUUAUCAACAGAAGGUGAGGGAGAAGACUGCGAGACGAAAGAACUGCCGACGAUAUCCCUCCAGGCUGACCGGUUGUCGUCGCGUGUUUUGGAUUCGGCAACCGCUUUCGACCAAAAUGCGAAACCGCAUAAAGAAUGGGCACAGUCCCUUCUGUCCACGGACCCGGAACCGGUCUCGGUCCUAUUCAGGAUCGGAUCAGACCCGGCGAAAGUUCAUUACCGUGGCGGAGGAGCGAAUAGCACAUCGCAGGCCUAUUUGAAUUCCCUUCAUAAGCUCAACGCGACAAACCCUACCGCGGGUUCAUGGACCCAUCCGUUUUUCGACUGCUCUCUACGACUGUGGGUUUUCGGAUAUGUUUCUCCGCUCAGUGAAAACAGAGGCGUAGUCGGACUCUACUACCCGUUAGCUAGAGCUGAAUUGGACCAAUGCAAUGACGACUUGAUGCCCGCGCUGCCCGGUGGGCCGAGAUGCGAUCCGCUUUCCACAACGUGCGUUCCCUUGAGAGGCUACGGUACUGAAAGAGGAGGAUUUAGAUGUAACUGCCUACCUGGCCACUCGCCCAUGAACUUAUCUAGAGAAGAUCUCUACAGUGAUUGGGCUCCAAAUGACGGAAACGUAUACAGGUGUGUGCCGAACUGUGCUUACGAUUCAAGUUGCCUGGCCGAGCCUCGUUUUGAUCUCAAAGCGACCGUUAUUUGCGCUCAAAUUGCCUCGAUGAUAGGAACGAUUGCUACAGGGGCUCUCAUAUUCAAAAGGAGAAAAUGCAAGCUAGUGGCUGCUGGGAUGUGGACAAUUCUUGAAACGCUACUUUUAGGCAUCCUACUUCUCUACGCUGCUAUGGUUCCUUUAUCUUUCGAAGCAUCGGUGGAAACUUGCAUCAUCGUCAGGUGGAUUCGAGAGCUCGGAUUUAUAAUUUGCUACGGAGCAAUAAUUUUAAAAUUGUACAGGAUCCUGAUAGAGUUCAGGACGAGAAAGGCGCACAGGUGGGUGGUAAGGGACAAAGACUUGCUCAAAUAUUUGUUCGGUAUGGUGAUUGUUAUGUUUACCUACUUGGCCGCGUGGACCGCGACAAAUAUCAAUUUCGUCGAAGAGGGAUUUAGCAUAGUCGCGAUAGGUGUGACCGAGGGAGGUGAGUACUUCCAGACCUGCAAACCACUCUGGUGGGAUUACGUUACUCAAGCGGGAGAGAUUGUGUUUUUACUAUUCGGCCUUCAUAUCGGCCUGGCUGCGAGAAAUGCUACCGUGCAGUACCUUGAACUUAGGUACCUCUUGGGAGCUGUGGUGAUUGAAGCCCUCAUCAGUUCGUUUUAUUACGUAGCUCAUGCUUCCUUGUGGAGCACUCUUCAUCCGAAUCACGCGUACAUAAUUGCGUUCAUCAGAUGUCAUUCCACGUCGACAGUUGUCCUUUUACUAAUUUUCGCACCAAUUAUGCGCUACGAUCAGAAACCUGUGAGGGAUUCCCGGCAUCAUCUCACGCACGAACCGAGUGAUGCUUACAAACCGCAGGAGGCCGGUGGAGGGAUCUACAGCGAGAUAGACGUCGCCGAAGUCAACCUGGCUGAGAUGAACCCGGAGGAAAUUAGGGCCGAGCUCAAGAGGCUGUACACUCAGCUGGAAGUAUUGAGGAAUAAGACUAUAUGCCAGAACAACCCCCAUAUAUCCAAGAGAAGAGGUGGUAGAAAAGUAGCCCACAGGAGAUUUUCGCUUCAGAAAAAAGGAAGCAGGGAGAAGGCUUUGCAGCAGAAACAGAAACAGGUGGCGAAACAGCAGAAUUCUGACACAGGUGACGGAGGAGAACAGGAAGUUUCAAGGACGCCUGAGGAUUCUGUAUGCAGUAACGAAGGCCCGAGUGCGAUUUAUAAUGAUGGCCCUUCAACGUAUUCAGAGCUUGGCGGUUUUGGGACCCCACACAGGAACUCGAAACAGUGAUUUCCCACUAACUCUUUUCAAAAAAAUCUAUUGUUCUUAACCAAAUACAGCCUCCUAUCAUUUGAAGGCGCAAACUGCCAAAAUAUAAUUUCUAAUCAUAAAAAAUCAUGUUUUGUUCUAUUCAUAAAUCUUAGGUAUUUAUAGUAAAGCUUAUAGAAUUUUUUAUUUUAUUUUAAAGAAAAGCCAUUCAGAACUGGCGGUUUAAGUAUUUUUGUUUACAUCCUUUUAAUGUUUAACCUUUUGCAUUAAGUACAAAAAAAACCAUAUCAAUUAAAAUUACAAGGGACGGGUCCAACAUAAGGAACCUUCAUUAUUAUUUAAUUUAUUGUUAUAUGUUAAAAUUUAUUUUUAAUUUCAAGCAAUAUUG